UAAAACUGAGAAACAUUCAAAAUUCAAAUACAUGUUUGAAAUAACUCAAAUAUAAUUUAAUAUUUUUUUGCAAAGUUCUUAGCUUAUCACUGAUAUGGAUGAUGAAAAAACACAACUAGAGGAACAAUUUAUUCUACGUCUUCCAAAGGAUGAGGCUAGGGAAAUCAGAAAUAUGAUCAACUACAAACCGGAAAGAAUUUCAAAAUAUCUAAAGAUGGAUCUGAACACUGCUGACAAUUCAGUGACUGUUAGUUGGUGUAAUAAAAGAUUGUAUGGGGCAUUAAAAAAGCUGCCGACUAUUGUAGAGUCGUAUAAAACCAACAUAUGCAAUAACAGGUCAAACCUGUUUAAAACCGCCGAUAUUUGCUAUAUGGCAGCUUGCAGUAAAGACGUUGACGAAAUAACCACAGACAAAGUCGAGACAAUACAUGGUUUGUGUCCUCCACUGAAAAAUGUUAAGAAAAAAAGGUUUAGAAAGACACUAUUCAAUAAAGAACUGGCUCUGGAAGCCGAAUGGAUUUCGAAAGAACUAUAUUACCUUCUUAGUACUGAUUUAGAAGCGAUAUCGUCCAAGUUUGAGAUUAUCUAUGAAGAUCCAACAAAGGCUUUGAAGCAGUAUGAGAAAUCACUUUUUGGCCAACUUUCAAGCGAUUCAGACGAGCAAAGUGAAGGAGGAUCAAACUGAAAAGUAGCAAGAGGGGUGUUUUUGCUUAUUGGUGCGAUGUUUAUAGUAUCUUGAAAUACUUUUGUUUAACGUAGUUUUAACCUGUUGAUAUAUUUAUGCGUAUGCGUGUUGUAAUUAAAUGAAGUUACAUUAAAAAUAAAUAAUCUUGUCUCAAACGAUAAUGACAA